GGGACGAGGCGGCCCUGGGCGCGCGCUGGGGCCGGAAGGGGGCUCUGGAUCUUGAUCCCUUCUCUCUUCCCUUUGGGUCUCAGAGCGCCCGGCCUCUCAGACCCUCCCGCGCCCAGGUGUCGGCCGGGAGAGGAGGAAGCACCUCUCCGCCGCGCACCCCGCCAUGGGCAAUGCCUCCAAUGACUCCCGGCCCGAGGACUGCGAGACGCGCCAGUGGCUCCCCUCGGGCGAGAGCCCCGCCAUCAGCGCGGUGAUGUUCUCGGCCGGGGUGCUGGGGAACCUCAUCGCGCUGGCGCUGCUGGCGCGCCGCUGGCGGGCGGACGCGGGGCGCAGCGCGGGCCGCGGGACCUCGCUCUCGCUCUUUCACGUGCUGGUGACCGAGCUGGUGUUCACCGACCUGCUCGGGACCUGCUUCAUCAGCCCGGUGGUGCUGGCUUCGUAUGCGCGGAACCAGACCCUGGUGGCGCUGGAGCCCGACGGCCGCGCGUGCACCUACUUCGCCUUCGCCAUGACCUUCUUCAGCCUGGCCACGAUGCUCAUGCUCUUCGCCAUGGCCCUGGAGCGCUACCUGUCCAUCGGGCACCCCUACUUCUACCAGCGCCGCAUCACGCGUCGCGGGGGCCUGGCCGUGCUGCCCGCCAUCUACACCGCCUCGCUGCUCUUCUGCUCGCUGCCGCUGCUGGACUACGGAGAGUACGUGCAGUACUGCCCGGGGACGUGGUGCUUCAUCCGGCACGGGCGCACCGCCUACCUGCAGCUCUACGCCACCCUGCUGCUGCUGCUCAUCGUGGCCGUGCUCGCCUGCAACCUCAGUGUCAUCUGCAACCUCGUCCACAUGUACCGCCGCGCCCGCAGGAGCCGCUGCGGACCCUCGUCGGGCAGCGGCCGGGGCGGCCCCGGGACCCGCAGGAGGGGCGAGAGGGUGUCGGUGGCGGAGGAGACGGACCACCUCAUUCUCCUGGCCAUCAUGACCAUCACCUUCGCCGUGUGCUCCUUGCCUUUCACGAUUUUUGCAUAUAUGAAUGAAACUUCCUCCCGAAAAGAAAAGUGGGACCUCCAAGCUCUUAGGUUCUUAUCAAUUAAUUCAAUAAUCGACCCUUGGGUCUUUGCCAUCCUCAGGCCUUCUGUUCUGAGACUCAUGCGCUCGGUCCUCUGCUGUCGGGUGUCAUUAAGAACACAAGAUGCAACGCAAACUUCCUGUUCCACGCAGUCAAACGCCAGUAAACAGGCUGACCUUUGCGGACAAUAGUUACGGCGUGCUUAGUUCUGCAGCAUCUGGAAGAUCAUUUUGAAACGACUCCUUGGAGAAAUGCAGCAAGUUAGUGUGUCAACAAAAUGAAGCUGCCCUGAUAAAACGGGGUAAACAAGAUUUAAGCAGUGGAUUGGGCUGCAAAGGUGCUCACAAGGCUCUUCAGGGAACGUGGCAGAAGAAUUUAUAAAAUUUAUCCUCAAGGAGCCCGUGAUGCGGCCUCUGGAGGAACAAGCGGCUGCCUUUAAGAUCCAGUGGCCUUUUGAUUUCAGCUUUCCUGUUGAACGACCAAGCGUGUGGUUUUGUAAUUUGUUUAGUUCUUUAAAUAGUUUCUGCCUUUUCUAUUUUAAUCUCCUAUGCCGCUACUGAUAUGAGCAAACAUACAGCGUACAGUCAGACCCAACGAAGCUUCGUAUGUGUUCUCUAGGAAGUCGCUAUGUGGAAGCAGGGAAGCAGCCAGGGCUGGGCAGGCUGAUGUCUUGGAGGAGUUUAAUGGACUCUUUGUUUGGACAGUGAAUUUGAAAAAUCAUUGGUGCCUUGGCUGUGCUGCUUGUCCGUGUGGGAGUCCUCCCUCGUCACUAUGGGACUACUCAUGCCAGAGUGGGUGCAGGUGCUUAACAUCAGUUUUGUUCACUCGUCUUCCAGGAGCUAUGCGCCAACUUGUCGGGUUAUUUAUUUCAUAAUCUCCAUAGUACUCAUAUUAAUCAAGAAGACUUCAGAAAGCUUCCUUGAGAAAGGAAAUAACAAGAAGGUUGUUCAGAGAGUUAAUUCUGAUUAACACUCUUCAUUCUCUAUCAGUUAAUUCUGGUUCAAUUCUUCAUAUAUAUAUAUGUAUAUGCCUAUGUCUGAAGCCAAAUAUUAGGUUUAAAAACCGAAAAGUUUGAUCCAUUCUUUAGAUAAACUGGAACUGGUGUAAUGUUGAAAUUGGGGCCAUGACUAAUAUAUACUUGAUAAGAUGACUGCCGUCUUUAAUUAAUUAAUGUCUCUGUUUUUAUUUAGAGAACAUGGUUUGACUCAUAUUAUAUAGGAAGUCAUGUGACCAUGAGUCAUAUCUUAAUAUAUUUCUAAAUGUUUCGCAUGGUGUAAACUCAGCAUCAAAAUAUUUCAAGUAAAUUUGCAGUGGUUAGUCAUAGUUACUGUGUAAGCUCAUCUGAAAUGUUACAGAAAUAAACUGCAAAACAACAUUUGAAAAAGGAACAGUAUUUGAAAAACUUCAAAUGAUGUUUUAUAGUUCAUGCACAUGUAGUAUCUUUUGAAUGGCAAAAUAUAGGGGAAAAUUAUUUUUUGGAAAAACUGUAUAUUUAAUUUGACAAGUUUUAAAAGUUUGGCUGCUAGAUUUUUAAAGCAUGGUUGCAGGGGCCAGUGCGGUGGUGCAGUGGGUUAGGCUACUGCCUGCAGCACCAGCAUCUCAUACGGGCACUGGUUCGAGUCCUGGCUGCUCCACUUCUAAUCCAGCUCCCUGCUAAUAUGCCUGAGAAAGCAGCAGAGGAUGGCCCAAGUUCUUGGGCUCCUGCAGCCAUGUGGGAGACCUGGAGGAAACUCCUGGCUCCUGCCUUCAGCCUGGUCCUCACUGUCCUGGCUAUUGGGGAGUGAACCACUGGAUGGAAGAUCUCUCUCUCUCUCUCUCUCUAACUUUCAAAUAAAAUAAAUAUUUUAAAAAGUG